CUCUCGGCUCGAGCAUCUCUCCCUAGGGCUCGACCGCCACGACCUCUACACACGCGAACCGCUCCUAAAGGAUCUCGAGAGGAUGUCUCAAGUCCUCUCGCCUCGGAGGCGCUCGAUUUCGAGCAGCUAAGCCUCCAAAGAGACAUUGUAAAGGCAAUGCAAAUCGCCUUCCCGUCCGUGAAGCAGCCUACGCCCGUCCAACGCAGGCUCAUCCAUGCGGUACUCAGCGGGAAGGACGUGUUGCUCAAAGACAAGACUGGAAGCGGGAAGUCUUUCGCUCUGCUUAUUGCCCUACUCAGCCAAAUGAGUGGUUCAGCCCACAACGAGCGUUCCGGGAGUGGAGCGAAAGCGUCUUCAAUUAACUCCCUUCUCCUCGUACCGCACAGGGACCUUGCAUACCAGUUCUUCUACUGGAUCGAAUGCAUACACCGGUUCAUGACGCUAAAGCAGCCGCUGGCCUCCAUUGCGCAAAUUCUGGUCCGGGACUCCUCCGCGCCGCUCAGGGAGCAUCUUGCUCCCAUACAGCAAACCCCUCCGCAAAUCCUCAUCGGCACGCCCCAAGCCGUCCUCGAAGCCGUCGAGGCCGACCCGCACGCGCUCCCUCUCGACGGGCUGUCCACUGUCGUCGUCGACGAGGCGGACUACCUCAUCGAAAGUGUGCCCAUGCUCCGCGACAAAUACGCCAUGAAGAAAAUGGCGAAGAAGAUCGAGCGUCACCCGGGGCCCACGCGUCUCCUUUUGAACCACAUAUACGGCGCUCUGAGCGAGGAUUGGGAAGGCCGGCCACGGACAAGGGAAAAGCAACUUGAUCGCAGGCGAAGUCAGACGACACGGAAGGCGCCGCAACUCGUCAUGAUGAGCGCGACGUUGAGGAAUCACCUGAGGCGAUUCCUGCUCGCGGACAGCGGCUGGUUCACGAAGGGGCAUGGGACGCUGGUGAAGAUCACCGGCGACCCUUCGGCCUACUAUCCCAAGGAAGUGGAGGACUCUGCUAUAGAAGACAAGGCUGAGUCUACGGUCGGCGGAACGGACGUUAAGCAUCAUGUUCUGGUCAUUGACUCAUCGGGCCACGCUCACAACAUCGAGGGAGCUGUCAGUGCUUCCCCGGAGCAGGCUUCAACGGCGCUAUUCAAGGAGCCCCUCGAGCAAUCUCAAACGCCUGAGACACCUGAGGACAUUGCCCUUCGCGAAGCACUCGAUGAGGGCGGAAUACUUGAUGCUUCCAAUUACUAUGCGCUUGAGGCCGUCGCGGUGGCCUUCGGGGUGGACGUUCCGAAAUUGGCACUACUUGUUUUGCCUUCGAAUGCCCCUGUCCAGCAGAGGGUGGACGUGUUGCGGGCUUUUGGGAUCAACGCUCACCCAUUGGACGUCAUCAAGGACGGGAACGGGAGAUCGCACUUGAUGCAACAGAAUUUCGACGCCACCGAUGAGACUCCGACGUUGCUCGUGUCCACGCUCGCAUCGACGCGGGGUCUGGAUCUCCCGCAACUCUCGCACGUCUUCAUUCUCGGCAUCCUCGACGGCGGCGUGGACUCGUAUCUCCACGUCGCGGGGCGUGUCGGGCGGUUCGGACGGGGCGGGAGGGUGAUCAGCGUGUUGUCAGAACGGCACGAGGUCGUUGCGAAGGACGGCAAAGUGAGCGCGAGAGACGAGCCCCGGAUGAUGGCUGCCAUGCUGGAGAGGAUGGGCAUCACUCCGGUCAAGUAUGAGGACGUCGACUAGGCAUAGGAGGCAGUACGAAUAUAUGGUAGUUACAGCAUGGGGCGCCACAAAGCAUCUGCGCGCGCUUGCAUUUGUGUUUCCGCUCACCGCUGCGUCGCGCAAUUUGUCCGCCGGGCUUCUGAGAGUGAGUGCUCGCGCGUGGGAUAUGGUGGCUGCUCGGCUCGAUAAGACGUGUGACCGUG